CUGAAGCGGUCGGACUAAUAAAUCAUAUGCCAAUGAAGCCAAAUGCUGUUGUUUAUGGCGCCCUUCUAAGUGCUUGCGGGAUACAUGGCAAUGUUGAUUUAGCGGAGAAAAUCGGGGAAACCCUGCUUGAAUUGGAGCCUGAAAACAGCGGUCGAUAUGCAUUGCUGUCAAAUAUCUAUGCAAAGGCAGGGAAAUGAGAUAAUGUCGCAAAAUUGCGAAAAUCAAUGAAAGAAAGAGGGAUGAAAACUAUCCCAGGAAGCAGCACGAUUAAUUUGAAUGGCAUUGUUCACGAAUUUAAAGUAGGUGAUUCGUCCCACCCACAAAUAAAUGAUAUCCAUUUGAUGCUGGAAAAGAUCAUUCAGAAGAUUGGCCAUGUGCCUGACACCUCACAAGUUUUGUUCGAUAUUAGUGAGGAAGAGAAGGAAACUGCACUUAGUUACCACAGUGAAAAGCUGGCAAUAGCAUUUGGAAUACUAAAUACUGCUCCAGGAACAACCAUUUGUAUUGUGAAGAACUUGAGGGCCUGCAAGGAUUGCCACACAGCUGCCAAACUGAUUUCUCAAGUGUACAAGAGGGAAAUAAUUGUAAGAGAUCGAGUGCGAUUUCAUCAUUUUAAGAAUGGACAAUGUUCUUGCAAUGAUUUCUGGUAGAUGAAGAUGGAGGACUAGUGGCAAAAUAAAGAUAGAAUAGAGCCCAUUUGGUUGACAAAAAGUCAGUUGCAAGUUUGACUUGUGAAAUUUGGAAAAUUGCACAUUUAGUCUUUAGUGCUGUUGAACCACUUUAUGUAAAAGUGGACACUCUCGAGGGGAUUUACAUUUUCCGAUGAAGAAGUGAUGAUGAAAUUCGAAUCCUGUAUCUUUGUCUAGUAGCAUGUUAAAGGUUUAUGUCAUUAGAUAAGGUUAAAUGUAUACCAUUUAAAUAUAAUUGUCAACAAGGCCUCUUACUUUCGUGUCCUCAAACUUUAAAUAUGGACUAUUACAUCUCCAACCUUUAGUUCCUCUUA